AUGAACAAUCACCCUGCACCACUCAGCACACCUGAGUACUGGACCAGGAUGCCAUAUCCUCAGAAAAUUUGUCAAGCAGAAAAGGAUAGGAAGUUUGCUAAAUUUGUGGAUUACCUCAAGACCCUGGAGAUCAAGAUCCCAUUUGCAAAAGCCCUUGAACAAAUACCCUCCUAUGCCAAAUUUAUGAAGGACAUAUUAAGCCACAAGAAAGAUUGGAGGGAGGUAGAGACAGUCUUUCUCAUUGAAGAAUGCAGUGCAGUCAUCCAAAGAAACCUACCAGAAAAGCUUCAGGACCCUGGAAGCUUCGUGAUACCAUGCAACCUUGGAGAUGCCUACAUAAUGAAGGCCCUAUGUGAUCUUGGGGCAACCAAAAAUCCAUCAGGAGUUAUUGAAGACAUGAUUGUAAGGGUUGGACCCUUUACAUUCCCUACAGAUUUUGUAGUCCUGAAUAUGAAAGAACACAAGAAUGUGUCCCUUAUUCUAGGGAGGCCUUUUCUGGCCAUAGGAAGAACCCUCAUUGACGUAGAAAAAAGGAGAGUGACCUUGAGAGUCAAUGAGGAUGAGUUCGUACUGGAUGCCACCAAAGCCAUGCAAUACUUUGAUAUACCAGAGGAGUGCAUGAAGAUUGAUAUCACCGAUUCCCUAGUGGAAGAGAUAUACACAUUUGAGAGCCAAGAGAAGGAGCUAAAUGAUAUCCUUGUAGAUGCCUGUCCUGACAGAGAGGCGUCAUAG